AUGACAGACACCAACACUUGCGAUGCCCCUUCGGACAUGAUUCUCGCGGAAAGCCCGAUGCCCUUUGUCAUCUUCACUGGUGCAAAUGCCGCUGCGAACCACCUGCUGGAACUCGUCCGGGUGACAACCUCAUCUCCGGCCCUCCAAACCUCUGGUGAACAAGCCUGCUAUGCCGUACCAUUGCCCGUCUGGUCUAUGGACAAAGGCAGCAGUAUCACCAAAUGGAUGAUCGGCAGCGGAGCGCCUUCUAAUGAGCCCGCGGAGGAUGAUCUGUCUGCCCUCAAGCCAGAUAUUCUCCUCUGUCCGCCCGGGGCAUCACCUAGCGCCUCGUCCGCUCGCCAGGACAUUCAAGCUCUACAUGCUGCUCUGUACUACCAUCCUCGUUCGGGCGGGCUGGUCUUCGAAAACCGAUCCGGAAACCUCAUUGUCUACGAGGAGGGUGACAAGGACGGGCAGGACUUGACGCUUACGAAACACACUACUAUGCAGACUCUCCUUUGGAAGCAGAAGAACUAUCUUCAAUUCGGGGAACAUCGUUUUCUCAUUUCAUUCGCCGCCGACAGCCGCGACCAGGUUUAUAUCGGCCGCCAAUUCGACGAGGUCAUCGGCUGCGUCUAUGGUUCUCUUUGUCCGUCCGUUCUCUUCAACUUCGCCCGAACGCCUGCUGCCAAGCUCGACUGGUACAUAGCAACGCAUCGGCUGUUUCCCGGCGGACGACUGUCUGCCGGCAUUGAUGUUCGCACUGGACAGCCACUCGUCGUCAAGAGGGUGUCGAAAACAGACCCCAUGGCACGACACCAGAUCAUCGCUCGGCUUCAAGCCAUGUACAGGCAGGAUAAGGGACCUCAAGAGGGCAUCUUGAAAGCCCUCGACGUCUGGUGCAAGUUUGGACGGCUGUCCCACAACCUUCACCACGAGCAAGGUGGUCCAUGUCACUGUGAUUACAUCGAAUAUUCGAUGCCUAUCGCUGAACACAGCUUCGACGACAUGCCCUGGAACGAGGUGACGGCCGACGACCGCAUUCGUUACUUCUGGCAGACGCUGAUCGGGCUUACCAAGUUGCAUGGAAUGGGCAUCCUCCACGGUAAUAUCUCGCACAAGUCGUUGCUGAUACUCACCGAGGAAGGGCGUGAGGCACCAGCUUCGGACGAGUAUCUGCUCAAAUGCUUGAAGGCCGUCCUGUCUGUAUGCAUGCGGCCAACCAAGGCGCGGAAGCAAAGCCUGUACAUUGCGCCCGAGCUUUCGACUGGCUUUCUGCAGCAAUACUUCGAUGGGCUCCCCUUGGAAUCUGGAGCACAGGGCACCGGUGGGGACGAGCCUGUUGAUGUUGCGUCUUACCGUGAUGAUGCAAGCGUACCAGUUGGAGAGUCCUGCGGCCAGACGCUCGAAUCAUCGUGUGCAACUCUCAACGACGCGACCGCCUCGGUCCCAGAAGUCCUCAGCAACGACGAAGGCGAGCUCGUUCAGUGGGGCCCCAACGACACUGAGGUAACGCUCGGCGACGUGUCUGAUGGCGACGUGUCUGAUGGCGACGGAUGGCAGCCAAUUGAUGGCAUUGCAGGCACGAACGGGACAGAAGCUGACGUCUGGGCUCUCGCGAUGUCGUGGCUUUCCACCCUGAUCGCCAUUCCAGCUGAGACCACAAUCACAAGGGACAUCCACAGUCAGCUCCUCGACGACCUGGACGCAAAGACCAACAGCAGCUCCUCUACGAAUGAAAAGAUCAUGGCGCUGAUUAUCCGCGACAUGCUUUGUUGGGAUCCGUGGGCCCGGCCAAGCGCAGCUGAUACUCUUCAGCAUCCUGCCUGGCAGGUCAUCAUGAAGAGGAUGGAAAAUGAAGAGGACAAGAAGAGGAAGCGAGGCGGCCUUACUCGGCAGGACAGUCAGAUGACUUUGAUAUACGAUUGCAAUGCUUGUCCUUGA